AUGCCAGGACUCCAGUCCGAUUCAAAAGGUGCUCUGUGUUCACAAGUGAUCAUUAGAACUUGUUUGACUGUUUGUUUCACAGAUGCUGAAUUGGAAGCUUCAGACACCAUUUCAGUAGACAUCAAGUUUGGCAAAGUUUCAAAAUACGAGGUGAAAGAACCAGAACUUCUCUCAGAGUUAUCCAACAGAAAUAUCAACAUGGAUCACCCGUACAUAAGACAGAUACAGGAAGACAGUCGGAAAUCUUUGUGUUUAAUUACUGGUGUUGCAGCCCUGCCUGACGGUGGAAGUAUACAUCGCAAUACUGAAAUUGAUACAGAAGCGUCCGUUAAAGUCUCAUUAGUGAAGGGAGCAUCUGCUUCUACAGGAGCCACGUAUGAUAAGAAUCGAGACAUCGGCCUGGCGCCACUUACACCUGUAGCAUACAAUAUACACGAGCUGAAUGUGGAUAAGAGGACUGGAGCAAUGCAGUUAGUUCUGGCUAAAGGAUCUCAUGGAGGGUUUAAGGACAGUAUUGGCUACGAUGAGGUUGACGCUGUCAGUGGUGCCAUUGAUGUACCUGAUGCAGGCUCUCAACAAAGAAAACAACUAGAAAUAGAUCUCAACCAUCCAAAAAAAAUAUUUUCUCCACUGUUUGAUCUGCCUGAUGCAGACAGAACACAACUCAACACUUGGUUACUACAGCUGAUGUCGGUACCCAGAGAUAUGGUCAUUCUCUCAGACUUGUUGGAUGAUGUAGGGAGAGGACAACAGAUCCAGGCAAAUAUUACCGAUGUUCAAGGCAAAUUUCUCUCUGUAGACCAUUCUUGGUUAGAAAUUCUUCGAUUUGUAGGCUUCCAAGUGACAGAUGGUCAUCUAGGUCACCCAGAGACACCUAGUGGCAGGUUUCAUGCUUUAGAAGAAUAUUUUGAUGCUGCCACAAUGCUUGACGACGACAUGCUUGACUUGUUACGACAGUUUCCACCACAGGCUGCUGAUGCUAUGCUAACAGCGCUACAAGAAGGAAUUAAAGGACACUCGGUGAAAGACCAGCAUGUAGUGAAGACUUGUCUCGCGAAUCCCACGUGCCUUAAAAUACUUCUGGACCUUCAGUUUAGAAUACAAGAUGAUGUAUUUGAGGCCCCAGAGAAAUUGAUAUAUAUCACAGAUGAAGUUUACUGGGUUUUAUUUGCAAUGUAUGGUAAAUAGUCAGUGUAAUAGAUGUUUUUUGCAAAGAAACUAUGUUAAUUAAAUAUGUUAUUUAAAUGUACAUGUGUGCUGCUGAACUGAGUACGUAUCAGUAUCACCAUUUAUUGUAAAAGUGGAUAUAUUUGGAGAUCAAGAAGGUAUUGAAUUGUUUUGGGAUAUUUUGCGAGUGGAAAUACUUACGAAUCGCCAAAAACUGAAAUGCGAAAGCUUUGUUUGUUAUUUCCGGACGUUUUGCGAGCAGAAAUAUUUGCGAAUCACCAAUAACUGAAAUGCAAAAGCUUUGUUUGUUAUUUCCAAGUUUGUUUAUCUGUACUCUAAUAUAAUGAGUCUUGGUUAGUAUUGAACAUGUUGUUAUACUGGCUGAUAAUGUCAAAACAUCUGCAAAAUUCGCUAGUAUUUUCACAUCGUAAACUUUUUUCACUCACAAAGUAAUCUCAAUAUUCUGAUUUCUGAUUGUGCUUUGGCUUGCAAUGUUUUACUGUAAAAUCAUUUAUAUUCCUGGAGGACUAAUUUUCGUGGAUUUCGUGGUUGACUCAAUCCAUGAAAUUUAAUCCCAAGGAACAAGUAAAAUUCCCUUUCAUUUUGUAUUCAAAAGUUGAAAUCCACGAAUUCAUAUCCCCACGAAAUUGCCGUUUUGACCAAAACCACGAAAUUUCAUGCCCAUGAAAUUUAAUGAUUUUACAGUAUCAUGCAAGAAAUAAUGACAAAAUUGUAAGUGAAAUCUCUUUUGUGUCGGGGGAAAAGUCAAGAAAUUAUGUGUCUGGAAGUGUGUUGUAAUCUUAGAAACGAUGUUUUUUUUUCAUUGGUGCUUAUUAUUAUAUCUAGAGUAUUAAACUGAUUUGCUCACACUUUUAGUCAGAUAUAAUGUGAAUGUUUUGAAAGUGACAAGAGGUACAAACAUGAAGUUUGCAAGAUAUCCUUAAAAAAUAACAAAAAUGACAACAUGAGAAAACCAAUAUAAGGCAUUUGCGACCAGCAUAGAGCAUUUGCAACCAGCAUGGAUCCAGACCAGCCUGCACAUCUGCACAGUCUAAUCAGGAUCCAUGCUGUUCACUUUUAAAGCCUAUUGCAAUUAGAGAAACCGUUAGCGAACAUCAUGGAUCCUGACCACAAGUAACUGACAAUUUAACCAUAUUAAUCAGAGGUUGUAGAUGAAUGACUGCAAACAUUAUUUUCUGUCAGAACAGCACAUAUAGCAUUUGCCUGAUCAUGACAUGCACAUCAAAUUCACAGUGUCUCUUUCUAUCUUGCACUGUAUUGCCAUCUAAUGGAAUAGGCGUUUACCAUGUAUUAAUCUCAUAAAAUUUUAAUAAAGGUUUACAGAGGAUUUGAUGGGUUGUAAAAAGACUUUUUGAAGACAUUAGAAAAAAAGUUUACUAAGGUUGUAUUCAAGAAAUCAGUUUAAAUAAGUUUGGUGUGAUUGCAUGUCAUAUUUGAUGGUUAUGUGCUCAGAUGAAAUGUUCAUGGAAUUUUUAAGCCAAAAAAGAGGGGGGGUUGGAGAGGGGUUGUUAAAAGCAUUCCUCAGUUUGCCGUCCGAUUUUUAUGACACUUUCAGAAUAUCUUAACAUAAAAGUAUCAAUAAUAAGGUUUAUUUCCACAGAUAGAAGAUUACUGAAGAAAUACUGUAUAGAUUGGAGCAAGAAUGUUUAGAAAAUGAAAGCAUAAUAACAGUAUGCACUGCAUAUUUUGCAUUUUGUAAUAUCUAUAUAGUGGACGCAACUUGACCCUGAUGGUUGACCUUUGUAUUUUAAUACAUAAUGAGGCACAAUCUAUUAUUGAAAAGGAGUCUACGUAAAACACGAGCUGCACGAGAUAAUGGAAAUAUAAAUUUGUGUAAUUAUAAAUUAGUGUAUUGGAAAGUUUAACUGAUCAAAUGUAAGUAUACAUACUUUAAUACUGCACUGUAUACAAACUAAUUCCAUAUAAAUAUAUAUAGAUACCCGUCAUCACCCUUUAUUUCUACAAUGAAAUAAUCGAUAUGAAUAAUCAGCUGAAAGUCAACCAUCGGGGUCAAGUUGCGACUACCAUAGUAACAUGGGUAUUUUCUAUAAAGGCUUUUUUUAGUCACAAAAAAGGAAAACGGCUUUAAUUUACAGGUACUUAGCAUUCUGUAUGUAUGUUGAUUUAUUUUUGUUAUUUUAUAUUAUAACAGUGACUGCCAUGCAUUUCACAUGCAAAAUUUGAUGUUGAUAUUUAUAUUUUUCUUUUCUGCUAUGCAAUGUUCAUAUUUUUAUACUCCCAGAUUGAAUGUAUUUGUUAACAUUUAAGUACAUAUUUAGUAUUAUUUAUUGACACCUUUGUCAUAGUUAAGAAUAAUUAAGUUUGUUAAGGAUACAGGGCAACCUGUCAAGAGUUUACACAGUAACCUGCCCUUAGUUGCAACCUGUAUUAAACAGCCACUUAUCUUAAGCAGCUAGUCAGCAGACUUCUUUCAUAUUUUUUUAUGCUUGUCUUUUAGGGCCUAGUACAUAAUAGGGAUAGCUUAGUACAUAAUGCGGUUGUCACACUUUUGGCUAAGCACACAAAAUAAACUAAUUUUUUGUUAAAUUCUAUUUUUAUAAAAUUGUAUUUUCAUAUAUAUGUCGAAGCUUUGAAAAUUAGAUUCACAUUGUAAAAAGAAUUACCAGAUCAAUAAAUUAUUAAAUUAUUGUUUUUGAUUACCUCCCUUUUGUCUUCGGCUAUAUUAAUUCGUGUGUAGUAUUAUUAGUAGUGGUUUUCUGACCAUGUAGUUACGCAUGCUGUCUUCAUGGACAGCUGCUGAAUUUGUUUUUGAAGAUAACAUUUAAAAAGCCUUUUGGGACUUCAAGCAGCCGCCAGACUGCCUUGCUCCCUUGGUUAAUGGCUGCUUAAUACAGAGUUGACUUGUAUGUUUGUUAUACAGAGGAUAGUGCUUCAGAGUGGUUACUGUAAAAGCAGAAAUUUUCACAAGGUUUUAAAUUUUGCAAUAUAUUCGCAAGGUCCUACAUAUCUCGAAAAUUAAUCCUCGUGUAAAGAUUCACCACAGGUUUAAUUCAAUUUCUAGUAGGAUACUAUUUUUACAAUUUCGAGGAUAUUAAACCUCGCUUUUUAUACUCAAAAUUUCAAAUUCGUGAAAUAUUGACCCAGCGAAAAUAUACGCUUUUACAGUAAUUUACUAACAUUAAAUGCAUCUAUUUAUUGGAUAGAAUUGUCUACAUGUCAUUAUAAAAAGGUGUUUGCUCUUCGGAGGUGUGGUUUAGAGAGAUUUUACUGUAUUUAUGCUUGAAUAAAGAUGUUUAUUUAUAAUAGGGCAUAUUUGCCGUGUAACUAUGCAUAUGUCUUGCAAAAACCUUUAUGAUACUGUUUGCAAUGUUAUGAGUGUGCAUUAAGUACACUAGAUUGUUUUGUAUGUUAUUUUUUGUAAUCAUCCCUGACUGAGAUUAUAUUAAAAUUUCAUCUGUCAUGUAUUAGAAAGUGCUAUUUGUCCAUUUAGAUAAGCUAAAAGAUCAGAUUUCAUGAAGUGGUAUUGAUUAAUGAUAUUUGAGAUUUUAAUUUGAUACCUACGAUGUAAGUCUUGAGGCUUGACACAUUAAUUUUUUUCUUUUAUUUAUGAUUUUGCUGCUGUCAUAUUUAUGAAAUGUAUUGCAAUAAAACUUCGAUUUUCUCA